AACUUUUUACGGAUACUGUGAAUUUAUCUUCAAAUAUGAGGUGCAAGGGAAAUUUAUUUUCUAUACAUAAUAUCGAAGAUAUAACUAGAAAUGAUACUCCGAUAAUUGGCAUCCUGUCACAAGAGACGUACUCUGUCAGAAAAUAUUUGGAAGAUGAUGCUGUGAGUAGUUUCAUUGCCGCCUCUUAUGUAAAAUAUGUAGAAAGUGCCGGUGGUCGAGUUGUGCCCAUAUGGAUUGGACAAAGAGAAGAAUAUUACCAAAGAGUAGUUAACUAUACAAAUGGGAUAAUAUUUCCUGGUGGUGCUACAUACUUCAACGAAACUGCGGGAUACGGAGAAGCCGCUAAGAUUCUUUAUCGACUUGCUGUAAAAGCUAAUAAAGAAGGCAUUUAUUACCCAAUAUGGGGAACAUGUCUUGGAAUGGAGGUGUUUGCCUUUGCGAUAUUGGGGGAAGACAUAAGAGUUGAUUGUGACUUACACAAAGUUGCCAUUCCAUUAGAAUUUUCUAAUGGUUACGAAAAGAGUAAAUUGAUGGGCAAUGCAAGCGACGACGUGAUCCACAACCUGAAAAAUGACAAUGUGACAUACAACCAACACCGCUAUUGUUUAACUGAAUCUGUGAUGAAAGAGAACAACCUGCUAAACGACUGGAAAAUUCUCGCCACCAAUUUGGACAACAACAAACUUGAAUUCAUUUCUAUGAUGGAAUCAAUCAAGUAUCCAUUUUAUGGGGUCCAGUUCCACCCAGAAAAAAACCAAUUUGAAUUCAAGCAAAACGUCGGAAUUCCGCAUACACCCGAGGCCAUAAAAAUAUCUCAAUAUUUUGGAAAUUUUUUCGUUAACGAAUGCAGACAAAAUGGUAACGCAUUCCCUGAUCACAACUUGGAACAGAGGUCUCUCAUUUACAAUUAUUCGCCAGUGUAUACCGGUAUUAAAAACAGUGCCUACGAACAAAUAUAUCAGUUUACCAACAACGACUUUGUAAAUAAUCAAUUGGAGUAAUGCAUUUUUACUACCAGUAUUUUGAUAAAUAUAUAUUUUUUUAAUUUGA